UUGUUUUUCCUCUCCACUAGAUUGCGUGGAGGGGAAUGGGAGGUGUCGGAUUGCUGAGGUAGGCAGGGUACGAGGUUGGUGUUCAAUUCGAUGGAUAUCUGCAUGAUUACACCCCAAAGGUCUUGUCGUUUGGGGCAGUUGGGGCACUAGAUGCUAUGCCAAAUGGCUGGCUCACUCUGGCAAUUUGUCCAUUUGUCAUGUACAUACACCAAUUCAGAUUCUACUGUUAUUUUUCUGUCAUUCAUUUGUUCUGAGGCCCUGAGCCAUUAAAGUUUGGCUACUAUGGUAUUUGCUUACGAGGCCCAAGUAGCAUUACCAUUUGUGUAUGUUUCUUUUUCUGUGUGCUUAUCCCUUUAUCUGAUAUAUAUAUGAACUGUUUGUGUUUGGAGUGAAUCUAUAAUGCAUUUGCUUGACAAACUUAUUGUGACUUGCUGCACUAAAAAAAUUUAGGCUGCAAUAAUCAGCUGAGAAAGCAAUAGAGGGUGCUUCACAUUUACUAGCAUAUAGUCAAUUGAUGACCAGUAACUAACCAAUUUCUCAUUAUUAUGAAGAGCAUUCAUUUUGCCUCAUUACAAACAAUACUAUCCACUGUACUAAACAAACAUGUCUAGAUGAAAGGGCAAAAAUGGCAUAAAUUCUUUUCACCUCCUGUUAUCAUACUUAUUAUUGAUUAUGUUUACCUUUAGCAAGACAUUUGCCAUCUAGAAGGUCCAUUCCUUCCUUAAAAAAACACCCAAACUCUCUUUAUUUUUCAAAGGAAAGGUUAAAACGCAUCCCCAAUCUCCGUAUACGCAAAUGACGCUUUAUGAUCCUGUCCAUCACAUCCCUGCCUCACAUCCAUAACACGUUGCUGCGGGCAUAUCCAGCCUCAUGCCUGCACAGGCAUUUUGAGGCUUUUAUAAGCGACCGACCGGUUCCCCCCUGAUCUAUCGUCGUCUCCACCAAGUAGAAAAAAGGAAAAGGGUAAAGCAGCGGUGGCGGAGCAAAGGAAAGCUCCGGGCAGAGAGAUGGUGGAUAAGGCCAAGGUGGUUGGUGCCCCUGGAGAAACGGGGCAUGCCUUUUGUUGGGAGAGCUUUGGGAGGAUGACUACAGGUGGUGGCGCUGGUGAUUUGUUGCCUAGGGUUUCUGGCCAGCCGACUGACUUGGAGGCAGCAAGUUUAAUGGCUACUGAGAGUGCUGUCCGAUUAAUUGGUGGGACAGGGGCUAGGGACUGGAGUAAGGGAUUUGGUGCAUUUGACUCUUCAGUGGGUGGCCUUUCAGGGGAAGAUUUAGGAUUUGUGGAUAACGGCACUGGGGUUUAUGGGGGCUGGAGCAAAUCUGUUCCAAAUCGCAGUGGAAGCGCACCACCUAGCAUGGAAGGAUCUCUUGCUGCUCUUGGCCAUCUCAUUGGCCAGCAGAGUGGGAGCUUUGAAGCUAGUUUGGCAACCUUGGAUAACAUAACUGACAGUUCGAAGUCUGAGGAGCAACUACGUGCUGAUCCAGCAUAUUUUGAGUAUUAUGGCUCCAAGGUGAAUCUGAAUCCAAGGCUCCCUCCGCCACUUAUUUCAAGAGAGAGCCGCCGAUUAAUGAACCGUGUUGGCAAGGCUAAAGAGUGGAGGGUAGUCUCCCAAGAUAACAGCAGCAAAGGCUCGAUAUAUGUUCCUCGAUCUACACUGUCAACUCACAAAGAAGAACCGGAGGAUGAUAAAUCUCCAAGAUUGGAUUCAAGUUCAGUGGAGGAUGCCCAGAUUAUCUCCAGUGCAUCCAACUUUCAGAGCCAGGAUUUUAGUCUGGAGAGCUUUCAACAGAAUGCUGCUUCUUUGCCUGAUAGUUCAUCUUCUAAUCCUUCAAAUAGCAACACUGGUGAUUCUAUGCCUGUAUAUUCUGACAUAAAUUUGUCAAGGAGUUUGUCAGUUGAUGCUGUCAAGCAAUCGGACCUGAACUCUUGGAAAUCAAAAAACCCACUGAAAAGUAAUGUUAGCAGUGACCUUUCAUCGCCGCCCCUUCCCAGUUCAUCAUAUUCUGGUAGCAAAACUGGUAUGCAAACUUCUCAGCAAGAAAAGGCGGCUGUAGACACCAAACAUGGAAAUGUUGUGCUUGGCAGUGGUGCAGCUGUUACUGAACUUGAUAAUGUGGACUCCAGUAUGAAGAAUUUGAAGUUAAGUUUGGAUGGCCAUACAUCCUCACCUGUGAAGCAGAGGUGGCAGGACAAUGUCUUGCAGCAGUAUGGCUCCUUUCUCCAAGCCCAAGGUGAUCCUAUUCAAAUGACUACUCAAGGACCCCAUCUUCCCCAUAUACCUUUUGUUGAUAACUUGUCUCAUGCUCAGCUCAAGUUACCUGCUGGUGACUUGCACCAAUUUUUACCGCAGCCUAGUAUGACAACACCUUUCUAUACACCAAAUUCUUUUGGAAACCCUUAUUAUCAGAAUUUGCACCCUGCUAAUGCUUUUCCAACCUCAAUUGGAACUGGUGGGUACGCUGUAAGUGGUUCCAUUUUGCCACCUUUUAUGGCUGGCUAUGCUCCCCAAGGUCCUCUUGGUACACCUCUUGACAGUCCUAUGACUCCAAGCUUUAGUGGCAGGCCAUCUGGAUUUCCUCCAGCAGGGAAUCUUACAGGGGGAACAGAUUUUAUGCAGUCAUAUAAAGUAUACGGACAACUUGGGGCUGGUAUGCAGUCGUCCAUUCCUGAUCCAAACUUCAUUCAUUUCUUUCAGCAUCCCUCUUUAUUUCAGUAUACUAGUGGAAAUCAAUACAAUACAAUGGGUCCAAGAUUUACUGUUGUUGGGAAUCCAGCUGAAAGCUUUGAUCCACAAAAGAUGAUACCGCAAGCAGCAUAUCCAUCUGAUCAGAGGCUUCCACUUCCAAGAACUGGCUUUCCUAAUUCUACUACACCCAGAAGAGGGACUGUUCCAAAUUAUCAAGGCAUAUCAUCCUACGUUGGAGUGCCGAUGACUUAUCCUACAAGUCCAGUGUUUCAGGGACAAACGUUGCCUGGAGUAUUGCCUCCUGGUAGGAGAAAUGACUCUGUUGGAUUUCAGUCCCCCUCAAGAAAUAUCACUGAUAGUCCUGGGAUUCAAGGGCAGCGAGAAAGACAGAAGUUUGAUGAAUCAAAGACCUGCUCUUUCUUAGAAGAGUUAAAGUCCAACAGAGCACGCAGGGUUGAGCUAUCUGACAUCACAGGUCGUAUAGUUGAAUACAGUGCUGACCAACAUGGUAGCCGAUUCAUCCAGCAGAAGUUGGAAAACUGCACUGCCGAAGAGAAGGCAGCUGUGUUUGCGGAGGUUCUUCCUCAUGCUUCAUCAUUAAUGACUGACGUUUUCGGGAAUUACGUGAUCCAAAAGUUUUUUGAACAUGGAACUCGUGAGCAAAGGAGGGAUCUUGCCACCAAACUUGUUGGUCAUGUUUUGCCUUUGAGUCUUCAGAUGUAUGGCUGCCGUGUAAUUCAGAAGGCUCUUGAAGUUAUGGAACUUGACCAGAAAAUAGAUCUAGUUCAUGAGCUUGAUGGACAUGUUAUGCGAUGUGUCCGUGAUCAAAAUGGAAAUCAUGUUAUACAGAAGUGCAUUGAGUGUGUCCCCACAGAACAUAUUGGUUUUGUAGUAUCUGCUUUUCAGGGACAAGUUGCUAGCCUUUCAAUGCACCCAUAUGGUUGCCGUGUAAUUCAGAGAGUUUUGGAGCAUUGCGGUGGUAACUCACAAGGGCAGUGCAUAAUAGAUGAAAUAUUGCAGUCGGCGUGCAUCCUUGCGCAAGAUCAGUAUGGCAACUAUGUUACACAGCAUGUUCUAGAAAGAGGAAAAGCUCAUGAGAGGAGCCAAAUUAUUACUAAAUUGGCUGGGCAGGUUGUUACCAUGAGCCAAAAUAAAUUUGCAUCAAAUGUGAUAGAGAGGUGUUUUCAACAUGGUGAUAUUGCGGAGCGGGAUCUUCUGAUCAGGCAGAUUGUGGAGCAGACAGAGGGCAAUGACAAUUUGCUGGCAAUGAUGAAGGACCAGUAUGCUAAUUAUGUGGUUCAGAAGAUACUUGAAACAUGCAAUGAGAAUCAGCGGGAACUCCUGCUCAGCCGUGUAAAGGGUCAUAUGCAAGCAUUGAGGAAGUACACAUACGGCAAGCACAUUGUAAGCCGAGUUGAGCAGCUCUGUGGUGAUGGAACUGCCGAGUCGGAUUCUUGAAAGGAACCGCCUAAUUCUUCAUAGGCCAGGGGUGUCUUGUUCUUUUGCUCAGUCCAUCAGUGAAGAAAGCAAAAACAGAUCAAGUCCAACUCUGGUGCUUCUAAACAGACUAACAAAACUGUCGUCGAAGAUUGUAUAGGUGUGACUCUUCAGGAUAGUCUUGAGGUUCUAGAACAGAAGCGUAGUGGUGUGCAUCAGUGUAUCUAUGUUAGGGUGUGCCUAUUUACAGAAUAAUAGUGGUUGUUAGCUGUGUGCAAAAGGAGUUUAGCGUUAUGGUUUGUAUGCGAUACAUAUUAACUGUGCCUGGUAAUGUAUUUGCUUUCUUGCAUCGCAGUUGUGGGAUAAAUGCAAUGUUCAUGCUUGUCCUGAUUA